AUGGUUGGCCGUGUGGCGCGCGACCUGGCGGAGAGAUGCGGGCUCGGCUCGGCUGGCGUGGUGAUCGAUGGAGCGGUCGAGUGGAGGGGAGGUGAAGGGAUAAGGUUUGGGGAGACGAGUUAUGGUGAUACUGGAAAGCAAAAUCUAUUGGGAUCUUGCCCCAGAGUACAGCGUACCAACAUUAAUAUAAAAUUGUUUAUCCUGGCAACCACUAGGUUGGAGAUGACACAUAUGUUUCCAAGGGAAGGUGCCUCAUCUAGCUCAACCUCAAUGAGCAGCCAGAGGAGUGAAACUGAUGAUGAUAGGAUGAUUGCGAUGGUUCUCUCCGAAGAAUAUGCCAAGUUAGAUGGUGCUAUGGCCAAGCGUCUUACUAAUUUAACAUCGAUUCCUCAUGUUCCCCGGAUUAACACAUACUUCCCGACAUAUAGUGAUGCCACUAUGGACCAUUAUCGCCUUCUUGAUAGGCUAAAUGCAUACGGCUUGUUUGAGGUGAGAGUAUCUGGUGAUGGAAAUUGUCAGUUUCGUGCACUCUCAGACCAACUAUAUAGAUCACCUGAUUAUCACAAGCAUGUUCGAAAGGAGAUUGUAAAGCAGCUCAAGGAAUGUAACUCCUUAUAUGAAGGUUACGUUCCAAUGAAAUAUAAACAUUAUUGCAAAAAAAUGAAGAAGUCUGGUGAAUGGGGUGACCAUGUCACGCUACAAGCAGCUGCAGACAAGUUUGCUGCAAAGAUAUGUCUUCUUACAUCAUUCAGAGAUACCUGUUUUGUUGAAAUUGUUCCUCAAUAUCAAACUCCACAGAGAGCUACAGCACGAUCCAGGCAUACAGCACUAGAUACAGUUACAAUGCUGAACCUGAGCCUUGUGAAUAGAUACUCCUUUACUGACAUUCAGGUUGAUUGUAUACCCUGCCCUAUUCGUUCAUUGUUUAUUCUUUAUUUAUACAGCUACAUUAUUAGUGCUCUUCAUCAGUUCAUUAUUCACUUCAUUUUUGGAAGAAUUCAUCAUUGCAUUCUUGGCCCAAAUGUUCAUUGCCUUUUUCUGACACAUUUUAUGGUGCAUGGCUUGUCCGCCUGA